AAAAAAUCAAUGACUAUAGAAGAUGUUGAAACCGGAAGCCCUCAGGGUGUUGAUUUUUUUUUUUUAUGACCAUAAUUGUACUGAAAAGGAAGGAAGAAAGAGGAGUAAUAAAGGAGAAUAAAACAAGAAGCCAUGUGAUGAUGGAAGGAGAAAUGACAACAGAGAGCAGGUAGAAAACGGGAAUCGCAUUUCCCCCUUCUUGAUUCAGUCAAGCUUUUGCGAUCCCUACUUCGAUUACUUUCAUGACAAGCGCACCGUAGCUGGUCCCAGGUCAGUUGUUGUUUGGUCCUCGUGAAGGUGAUAGGAUACACUUGUCGCGACCGGUGCUAUAGAUGUCACAAAGCUGUAAGUUCGAGACCUUCUGCGCGUUUUACGACACUCAACCUCCUGAUCGGAUAUCCCUCGUCCUUGCUGUCAUUCCAAUUAGCCGCUGAAUUGAGAACAUGCACAAGCAAGGAAGACAAAAUGCUGCUUUUGUUGGGGACGACGAACACAAAACCACUGAAUUUCAGGGAUCCAACGUAGACGGUCAUAAAAAGUUUCAAGCAAACGAUUCCUUCAACUUUAAUUAUGGGGUCCAGGACGAUCGCAAAUUACCAGUUUCCUUAUCACUUCCAGAGGAAAUGUCGAUUGUGGAGAAUGAAACAGAAAGAGCAACCUGGGGCAAUGAAAUGGAAUUUCUGAUGUCCUGUAUUGCCAUGUCCAUUGGUCUUGGCAAUGUUUGGAGAUUCCCAUUCACUGCUUAUGAAAAUGGUGGUGGAGUGUUCCUGAUACCAUACAUCAUCGUCCUCUUCUUGGUCGGCAAACCGUUUUACUAUCUAGAGAUGAUAAUGGGGCAAUUUUGCAGCAGAUCUUCGGUGAAAAUGUGGUCAGCAGCACCUGGAUUUCGGGGUGUAGGCUGGGCGCAGAUGUUUUCCAUGCUCGCUGUGGGAACCUACUAUUGUUCUCUUAUGUCUGUGACACUUUAUUAUCUAAUUGGAAGCUUUCAAUCGCAACUUCCUUGGUCCACGUGUCUCGAAGAAUGGGGAGAUUCUUGCGUCGACUCAGGAGGAUCCUAUAACGUCACCGAACGAAAUGGAACAGCUAUGAUCACUUCUGCUGAACUGUAUUUUAGAAGAGUAGUGUUGAAAGAAAAGACAAACAUCGACGAUGGUAUUGGAGCUCCAGAUUGGAAGCUGACAAUUUGUCUACUGGUCGCUUGGAGUUGUAUAUUCGCUGUCCUUGUACGGGGAGUGAAGAGUUCUGGAAAGGCAGCCUAUUUCCUCGCUAUUUUCCCUUACAUCAUCAUGAUCAGCUUGCUGAUCAGAGCGGUAACGCUGGACGGUGCCGUGAACGGGAUUAUUUUCUUCAUCAAGCCGGAUUGGGGGAAGCUGUUCGAUGCGAACGUUUGGUACGCUGCUGUAACACAGUGCUUCUUUUCACUGUCAGUGUGCUUCGGUGGUGUCGUCAUGUACUCGUCCUACAACGAUUUUAGACACAAUAUAUACAGAGAUGUUAUCGUGGUGACGACUUUGGAUACAUUCACCAGUUUAAUGGCAGGUUUCACUAUUUUCGGGAUCCUGGGGAACUUGGCGCAUGAACUGGGUGUCGAAGAUAUCCGUAACGUGGUCCGAGGUGGAACCGGUCUUGCGUUUGUCUCUUAUCCUGAUGCUAUAGCAAAAUUCACCGUCCUUCCACAGCUGUUUUCAGUCUUGUUCUUCCUGAUGUUAUACGUACUUGGUAUAGGAAGUGCCAUUGCAUUGGCAGGUGCAAUUAUCACCAUUGUCAGCGAUCAGUUUCCAAAUUUGAAGUAUAUCUAUGUUGUACUCGGUACAGUUAUAUUCGGAUUUUGCAUUGGCAUGAUUUAUUGUACACCUGGUGGUCAGUUCAUGUUAGAAUUGGUCGAUUAUUACGCCGGCUCUUUCGUCGUCUUCAUCUUAGCUACCCUAGAGAUAACCGGUAUUUUCUGGGUGUACGGUUUGGAGAAUUUCUUGGACGACGUGGAGUACAUGCUGAAGAGAAGACCGUCCGUUUAUUGGAGAGUCUGUUGGAGCGUUAUUACCCCUCUUCUACUAGCUGUGAUUUUAAUUUAUACUUUAGCUACCUUACAACCACUCACUUACAGCGGCAUUUCCUAUCCAGACAGUGCACAUGCUGCUGGAUGGACCAUUUGUGCCUUUGGCAUACUACAAAUUCCAUUCUGGAUGAUGUACACUAUAAUUUCCAAAAAGAAUUUACAAGUCUCUGAGAUGAUCAAAUCUGCCUUUAGACCCUCUCCGAAUUGGGGACCCAAAAAUACCAGAGAACUAGCCUCCUGGAGCGAAUUCAAAGAGAUCAGAAGGAAAAUAAAAGAAAAACGGCAAUGCUCGAGAAUUAAGCAAUUCGUUUACGUAUUGCUGUGUUGGGAGGACAAACUCGUGUAAUAGUAAUAAGAAAUAUGUUCUUCAUUCUACAUAAUUCUACGGUAUCGUUUCAGUCAUGCAAUUUUUUUAAAUGAAUUCUCUUAGUCAGUUUUAUAGUUUCAGUAUUCUUUGCUUUAAUUUUUUUUUGUAGAUGUAGUUUAAUAUCUAAAGCUGAUGUACAGGGUGUAUUUUGAAAUCCGUAUAAGUAGAAUUUUAAGUAGACUCGUUCUGUAGUUUCCUUCCUUUUGAAAUUUUUCAGCUUGCCAUUUGUACCUGUGUGUUAGUUUUCAUUAAAAAUCCAUUUGCUCUUCGUAAAAUUAUUGUAAAAUUUGUUAGAUUGAAAGGUAGUUGAUUUGAUAAAAAUUGAUUUAUAAACAAUUCAGAUUAAUCAGCUCAGUUGGAUAAAAUUGACUUCCAAGAAUAAUCUUGAGGUCAAAUGUUUAUUAUUUUCAAAGAAAAGCUGAUUUGUAGCAACAUAAGACACAGUAUUAUUAUACAUAUACUGGAAUAGCAGCCAAACGUAUAUGGGAUGAUUGUGAUGAGGUAAUCGCAACUGCCGUUGAGAGUAUUUUAAUAUACACAUUUUUUAUUUAUUAAACACAUCUUUCUACAAUAAAUUAGUCAUCAAAUCAUUGAUUAAUCAGACACAAAAUCACAUUACUUAUAUUUUUCUUUUUCCUCAUCCCUUUUCUGUUGAACAUAGAAUGAAAUGUUAAUAAAUAUUGUGAAAUAAUCAAUUUCAACUUGCGUUCAAGCAUGUAAUCCGUUAGAUCUCUCGUUAUCAGAUCGAGUGUAGAGAAUUGCAAUAUAAUCUAAAUGUUGGGAUCAUGAUCGCUUUAUCAUCAAGGAUUUUUGAUUGUUCGGUGUAGUCUGGUAUCAACGUACCAGCUUUGCGAUAUAAGAGCAGAAGCUCGAUGUCGAUCGCCCACGUGUAAUGUUUUAUUCAUAAUACUUUUUUAAAUCGGUUGUUUCAGUGCACAAUGAAGGAGGAAACGCACAAUGAUAUCAAGAUAAGGUGUAACCUGUUGCGCAUAAAGGGCUUAAAGUUAAUUCCCCGCUAUCUCAAAGGUAUAAGGCGACGAAAAAGUGUAUAACGAGCUUUCGUAAUUUGUGCAAUAUGUGGCAGAACGACGACCCAGAACAGGGACAGUGGAACAAGGCAUUCGUUUUGGACGAAAGG